AUGAACAUAAAAAGUGUUGCCGGCUUGUUUUUUAUAUCACCAUGUUCACAAUUACCAAUUGAAUAUUUACCCGAUGGAUUUCAACGAUUUAAGCCGAAUAAUAUUAGCAAUGAUGAUAGUAUUUCAAUUAUGCAUCAUGAUCGAGAUUUACAAUGGAUUAAUGAUAUCGACACGGUUGAUAUUAAAUCAAUUUCAGAAUCAGUUUUUCAAACAGAUGAAACUGAUGAUUCCAAUGAUUAUGAUUCACCGCUUCAUCCAUACACCGAUAUGCUUACCAAUUCAUUUUGUUUUCGACUCAUUAAAUCCCUUCGUCAAUCAAAACUUUCACAGUCCGAAUGUCAUAUUUUAUUUGAUCUUAUUCACUCUGCCUUACCAAGCCCCAACAACUUGCCGGUUAACAUUAACAAACUAUUGCAAAAACUUGAACUUAACCAAUUUUUUUUCGAAAAACAAAUAUGUCUUUUAUGUUAUAAAGAAAUACCUGAUAAGACUCGUGCUUGUCUUUCUUGUCCAACAUCAACUGAAUAUAAUAUUGCAGCUAUUUACGAUUCAGAUGUUAAAUCAAUGUUAUGUGUGUUUUUAAUUGUACUUAAUUUCUAUCUUCCGGGUCGUCAAAAUGAUAAUGCUAAUUUCAUAGAAGUUUUAUCUUACACAAGUAGCCGCGAGGAAUGUCGUCGUAUUUGGCAAAAGAAAGAAGAAGCUCAGAAUUCAACAAAUUUUGACGAUAAUAAUGAUUGUGAAGUUGACGCAUAA